AUGUUCUGUCCGGCGAGGAUGAGUGUCCAAAGUAUGACCGCGGAUGCCUCAAAACAUGAUCAGCACACCCGUCCAGUUAAUGCGUAUUCCUCGGCGGUGUUUGCCUCGCAAUCUUCUUCGCACGCCAAUGCAAUGUAUCCUGGGAAUGACGUGUUCGAUCCAGGGCCGACGAGGGUACAGAACAGCUCGCCCAGUCCUGCUGCGACGAAUAUGUUGGAUGAAAGGACUGAGCAGUCAGCGGAACGAGACGGGUCCGAUCCAGCUAUGCAGAGUGGCUCAGAUCUUAACACUGGCAACCAGCCUGUCGAACUGACCCUUGAUUUCCCUCCAGCCGAUGAGCUCCCUCUUUGGCUUAUGGAUUGUGCCAUAGACUGGAACAAUUUGAGCUCUCCUUAUGCUACUGAUCUGAUGCAGUUCGGAUACGGCUGGUCGAACAUUCCGUCAGAGAACAUUGCUACUGUAAACGCACCCACUCCCAAUCUGGAACGUAUUUGGUUCACACACAUGGAUGAGCAGACCGACAGUCAAUUCAUAUCAGAGUGUAUGACACCCAAUCGGAACCAGACAAGAGCAGAUGUCGAUGAGGAUUUUCGCCAAACCUUGCAUAAUAGGCUCCAAAGGAUCGCGGUGGAACCAGACCUACCGUCGUCCGACUUCCUCAAUCUGAGCAUCAGAUCCUAUUUCGCGUGCUUUCACCCUGUUUUCCCGGUCAUACACGCUCCUACUUUCCGUCCCUCAAAGGCAAAUGCGUUGCUAUUGCUCUCAAUCUGCUCCAUCGGCAGCUUGUUCACUGGAUCCAGUAAAGGCGCUAUACAGGGAGCCAGGAUUUUCGAAUGGCUGAACAAAGCCAUAUUAGCGACUUGGGAGCGAUUGAUGGCUCGCAAUACCGAAGAGGUCAUCCCUAUGGUCCAAGCCGCUCUGAUAGGACAGACAUUCGGCUUGUUGUCAGGAGACCCAAAGCAUCUAGCUACUGUCGAGGCCUUCCACGGCUGCGUCAUCUCCUGGGCGAGAAGGCGGAACAUGUUCCAGAUCAGACAUAAGUGCCAGACUGAAAUGGAUUUACCGGUGAUAGAUUUAGAUGCGAAGUGGCGGGAAUGGGCGAAGACGGAAGAGCUUAUCCGCAUCGUACUGGGUCUGCACAUCCAUGACGCCGAACUAGCGGAUAUAUUCCAUCACGAGCCCUUCCUCCGACAGUCGAGGAAUCAGCUCCCCCCAGCCGCUGACGAUGACGUCUUCAUAGCCAACAGGCCUCAAGAGUGGCUGAUCGCCCUGAAGCAAUGCGGCAGAUCUGCGAUUGUUCCGCAACACAUGACGGCGGCAAGGAGUAGUACGAUAGAUAUUACUCAUGUCAACGCAAAAAGCUUGAGCUCCUUCACAGUAUACGCUCGGCUUGAGUGUCUCUCCGCGACCAUUAUUGAGACGAGACUGGCGGGGAACCUAGACCUACCAAUGCAGCAGUCGCUGGUCGAAGAUUUACUCCGGCUGCACCAACAGAUUCCCUCUUCAGGGUCUACAAAGGAUCCAGACCCACUGGGAAUCAGCAUACUGUGGCAUCUGUCUUUCAUUUCCCUGCUCACCGACUUCGAUCUGUUGGAGCAGGCGGUAGGACGAGAUGGCACGCAAAUCUCGACACAAGUCCAAGCAAGAGCCACUAGUUGGGCAGCUUCUGUGGAAGCAAAAAGGAGCAUAUUCCACGUCCAGCUCAUUCGAAAGAAAAUUGAAGUGCUGCCGGUUGGCCCGGAGCCGGCGGUCCACAUCCCUCGAGCUAUUUUCUUGGUUGCAAUCUGCUGGUACUGUGCGUACCGCUACAGCAACGAUGGCGACAAUCCAUCCUUGACCUCGCUCAGUUUUCCGGAAGCAACGGUGCUUGGUGUGAAUCCCAGCACGCUACUCUUCGAAGCUCACGGCUACAAGUACGGCAAGCCUACAUCAAUGGAGGCAAACGAAGUGAUCUGUCGCUUCGCAGAUUUGCUUCAGCGUCUUGGGCAUUGGGAGAUCGCUCGGAAGUACGCGUCUAUUAUUGAAGCACUUCGAACUUUCUAA